GUUUCUUCAUCUUCACAAUCUUAACUCUUGUACAUAUCUUAAGAGCUUCCGUGGACAAAAGUUUUAUAUAUGUAAAAAAAAUGCUGGGAAAAAGAAUAGCUUCGUUCAAGAAUCUAGCCAAGAAAGUGAAGAGCAUUAACACGAGAGAAGGCGGCUCCGAGUCAACUCAGAGCAUGUCUCUUCUGAUGGGUGAGACGGAGGACACGUCUCCGGCGGCAACAAAGACGCCUAGGGGAACGUUUGCGGUGUACGUAGGGGAAGAGCGCGUGAGGCGGGUAGUGCCGACGAGCUAUUUGAAGCAUCCUCUCUUCAGGAUGCUCCUCAACAAGUCACAUGACGAGUUACACUGUCUCCAGCAGAAGGUUAUGUUGGUUAUUCCUUGUAGCCUCUCUGUCUUCCAAGAUGUCGUUAACGCCAUCGAGUCUUGUCACGGCAAUUUCGAUUUCGGAGAUUUUGUGGAGGAGUUUCUUUGAUUUUAAUUAAUCCAAAGAACAUUUCCAAGACGUCGUUAACGUUCUUGUUGAUCAUUUUGUUUUCGUUUUGAUAUAAAAAAUAGAUUAUUGCUUAGGUCUUUUUAGGAAAAUAUA